AUGAUGCGCGACGCCCGGCCGGCCGCCCCCGCCGCCUCCGCCGCCGCCGCCGUAGCCGCCGCCGCCGCUGCGCUGCUCGUAGUCUGCGCCUCUCUGCAAGGCGCGGCCGCCAACCCCGACGCGAAGCGGCUGUACGACGACCUGCUGAGCAACUACAACAAGCUGGUCCGGCCCGUGGUCAACGUCAGCGACGCGCUCACCGUCAAGAUCAAGCUGAAGCUGUCGCAGCUCAUAGACGUGAAUCUGAAGAACCAGAUAAUGACGACGAACCUGUGGGUGGAACAGUCCUGGUACGACUACAAGCUGCAGUGGGACCCGCGCGAGUACGGCGGCGUCGAGAUGCUGCACGUGCCCUCGGACCACAUCUGGCGGCCCGACAUCGUCCUCUACAACAACGCCGACGGCAACUUCGAGGUGACGCUGGCGACCAAGGCGACGCUGAACUACACGGGCCGCGUCGAGUGGAAGCCGCCCGCCAUCUACAAGUCGUCCUGCGAGAUCGACGUCGAGUACUUCCCGUUCGACGAGCAGACGUGCGUCAUGAAGUUCGGCUCCUGGACCUACGACGGCUUCCAGGUGGACCUGAGGCACAUAGACGAGGUGAAGGACUCGAACGUGGUGGAGCUGGGAGUCGACCUGUCGGAGUUCUACACGUCCGUCGAGUGGGACAUCCUCGAGGUGCCGGCAGUCAGGAACGAGAAGUACUACACCUGCUGCGACGAGCCCUACCUGGACAUCACGUUCAACAUCACGAUGCGCCGCAAGACGCUGUUCUACACGGUCAACCUCAUCAUCCCGUGCAUGGGCAUCUCCUUCCUCACCGUGCUCGUCUUCUACCUGCCCUCCGACAGCGGAGAGAAGGUGUCGCUGUCCAUCUCGAUCCUGCUGUCGCUGACCGUGUUCUUCCUGCUGCUGGCCGAGAUCAUCCCGCCCACGUCGCUGGUGGUGCCGCUGCUGGGCAAGUUCGUGCUCUUCACCAUGAUCCUCGACACCUUCAGCAUCUGCGUGACGGUGGUGGUGCUGAACGUGCACUUCCGGUCGCCGCAGACGCACGUGAUGGCGCCCUGGGUGCGGCGCGUCUUCAUCCACAUCCUGCCGCGGCUGCUGGUCAUGCGCCGGCCGCAGUACCAGAUCGACAAGCGCAGCUUCGGGCUGGCGACCUCGGCGCACCGCGUCAUGGUGCGCACGUGCAACGGCCUCGAGCUGCGCGACUCGUCGCUGCUGUCGGCCGCCGCCGCCGCCGCCGCCGCCGACUCGUCGGCCUCGUCGGAGCUGGUGGCGGACCAGCCCUCGCCGCACGACUUCUUCCCCAGGCUGCUCGACCACGAGUUCACCUCCAGGGACAGCGACCUGGGGGGCUCGUGCCGCAUCCACGGGCCCGGGGGCGGAGUGCCGCCGCCGCCGACGACGCUGCUGGCGGAAGAGGCGGCGCCGGGGGCGGCUGCGGGGGACGGCGCCGACGAGCCGGCCACCCCCAGCGCGGACGGGUGCGCCGGGGGCGGGGGCGGCGCCAGCAACGGCUUCCCGGGGGCGGCGCGGCCCGCCUCCCUGCACUGGCACCGCUGCCCCGAGCUGCACAAGGCCAUCGACGGCGUGCGCUUCAUCGCCGACCACACCAAGCGCGAGGAGGACUCCACCAGGGUGAAGGAGGACUGGAAGUACGUGGCGAUGGUGCUGGACCGGCUCUUCCUGUGGAUCUUCACGCUGGCCGUGCUGGUGGGCACGGCGGGCAUCAUCCUGCAGGCGCCCACGCUGUACGACGACCGCGUGCCCAUCGACGUGCGCCUCUCCGAGAUCGCCACCACCACCGCCAAGCCGCACAUCGGCAGCGCCCUCUAGCCGGGACCGCUGGAGGAAACGUGGCAGCCGGAUCAGACAAUUCGGUGCCAGCAAGGCAGUGGGCACCGGCAGAGAGUGGGACACGCGUGGCGUGUUCUCCGGGAACCGAGCAGGCGGGCACGCAGUCGGGGUUGCAGACUUGUGACUUACCACCUGACCGAGCUCACAUGCAUAAUUAGUUGAUCCUGCACACAUAAUUUACCUAUACUAAGUACACCGUGAUCCUGCACCAAAAAAUUCUUCAUUAAAAAACAAUUCUCUAAACUCACUGUGCAUUUCUGGCUUCUGUUACGGAACAGAUUAUUCUUCGUACGGUUUACAACUAUAUUUCGUUAUCAGUUCACUUCCUGUAUAAAGAAAUGGGAGCUAAUGGUCAAUAGGAGAGUUAUCAGCAAGGAGGAUAAAUUUCCAUUAACGUUUGUCAGAAAAUUUGAAAGCAAUUUUUGCAGAUGGCUUGUUAUACAAUAAAAUAUUCAGAUUAAUCUAGUACAAAUUGUUUAGGGCAGUUUUUGUUGUUUGCAAUGUAUUUUCAACAUGUAAAACAUUAUCAGUAUUCAUUACGGAACUUGUUAAAUGGGGAAAGAAACAGUAAUAGUUAAUGUUGUGGCGAAGCAGCUGUUCGAAACAAAUGUCAAAGACUGUUUUUUCUGUACAUUACGUAUGGCGAGUCUUUACCACUGAGCAGUUGGUGAGCUGAAGUUCCUUCAGUUAGGUACAGUAUAAGCCAGGUACGCACCUACGUUCAGUUCAUUUCGGACGUCGACACUGUCUGGAAUAUCAGUGGACAUAUCAUAUAUAUUCUUUGGAGGCAAUAACAACAAUGGUCUUAGUUACAUGUUGGCCACAAAUAACUCUUCUUAUCGGUUACUGUGCAUAAUUUUAAAUUCUUUGGAGAACAACAAUCCUUUAGGUAAAUUCUGCUAUGCCUUACUGCAGUUUAUACACACUAUAAUUACCACCCUUUGCAUAAUUAUUUCUCAUCACUGCCACUGGUAAUGAUUCUUCAGAUUAGUUGCAAAUCUCGUAACAAAAUGAGAGAGCCAUUUUCUUGGCAUAAAACAAGAAAACUGCUGCCAUAUUUCUGUAAGUACAGGUUAACGAGUCGUGUGUUGUACAUAUGUAGCCACCGUACAAACUAUCGUAAAAGAACGGGGAACACGUCAAAAGUAACUGGUGACGUUUCGUAUUAUCGUGUAGACGACAGAUUAAAGAAGUAGCUCCUCACUGCCUCCAGAGUAUAAAGAGCUGUGUGAUCUCCCUUGUGCUAUAGUUUGUAUUGCAAAUGUAACUCCAGAGAAGGGCCAUAACUAUAAUUUGGAAUUGAAAGUUACGUUUUACAAAUGAGCGUGUGCUCUGUUGCACGGACUCAUCUCUGCAUUGCUCACACCGAGGUUACCUUUCUUCCUUAAAGUAAGGACAACAGUUUCCUCCUUAGCUGCAAGGACAAGACCCCUCCACUUCAGGCCUAGAGUACAUCGUAAUAUAGAAAUAAUUUAAGAUGGGUUUUUUAUAGACACGCGACGCCUUUGCUAGUGGUAGGAAAAUAUUGAUCGUGUUGCAAUAUUCUUUUCUGUCUCUGAAUAUAUUUACGUGUAAGAUAAAUGAGCUUAGGGCACAAAUAUAAACGUAUGUAUGUAUGUAUACAUGUCUUUAUAUAUAUACACCUAUAUGUAAGACACUUGUCAUAAUUUGUUUCUGUAAACAGUUGUGGGUUAUCCACAGAUUGGGUGUCUGCAGGAAGCUGUUUACUUUAAAUAA